AUGCGCGGCGUCGCGGCCUCCUACGAUGACAAGCCGCCCCCUCCUCCACUGCGAUUCAGUAGUGGAUCCGGUGGUAAAGAGCAGUCGGUGGUUGGUUUGAAGCCGUUACCAAAGGAGCCGUCAGAUUCUGGCAAGAAAAAGAAAAGCAUGUCGAAUCCUUUCGUUAAGAAGAAUCGUGAAAAGAAGGAGGUUCCGGAGAAACCGGUUAUCUCUGAACCUAGCAAUUUUGAACAUACCGUUCAUGUUGGCUAUGAUCCUGCUACGGGUGAAUUUACGGGUAUGCCGUCGGCAUGGGCACGUUUAUUAAUGGAAUCGCAGAUUUCUAAACAAGAACAACAACAAAAUCCACAGGCGGUUCUCGAUGCGCUCAAGUACUACACUCAAGGCGAGAAUGGCUCGCAACAAAAGUGGCUGCAAUAUGAUAUGAAUGACUGCUCACCGCGACCAUCCACUGGUGCGUCAAUCGGCCUCAAAACGAUGGGCUACAGUACAUCCUCAUUACCUCACCACUACUCGAAUACUAGCCCAUUUCACACCCACUCCGGUCAACCGCCCUUUCAUGGUUCAAAUAUCGAGUUGAAGAACUCUCCGAAACAAUUGGCUCCACUCCCAAAACCGUACAGUUCUACCAAACCAUCGUUGGUGCAAGGAUACAGUGCAGUCAGUGAAAAUCGCACAAGUAUGCCUCCGAAUUAUGCUCCUCCUCCUGUACCUGAAGAUGAGGAUCCUGCUGAUUGUGCCAUGCCACCACCAAUUCCAGACCGUCCAGCUCGUACGCUUAGCAUAUACACGAAACCAAAAGAGGAGGAACAACGCGUACCGGAUUUGUCACAGGGCCAGUUUGGUGUGCAAUCGAGAGGUGUUGCAAAGGGAAAGAGGAAAAUGACCGAUGCUGAAGUGCUAACGAAGCUGCGUUCCAUCGUGACCAUCGGCAAUCCUGACAAGAAGUACAAGAAAAUCGAUAAGAUUGGUUCAGGAGCAUCAGGAUCAGUAUAUACAGCGAUGGAAAUGAGCACAGGGGCCGAAGUUGCCAUCAAGCAAAUGAACCUCAAGGAUCAGCCGAAGAAGGAACUCAUCAUCAACGAGAUUCUCGUCAUGCGUGAAAAUAAGCAUGCCAAUAUUGUUAACUACCUCGAUUCCUACCUAGUUGGAGAAGAACUAUGGGUGGUAAUGGAGUAUUUGGCUGGUGGCUCUCUGACCGACGUCGUUACGGAAUGUCAAAUGGAAGAGGGAAUGAUCGCUGCUGUUUGUAGAGAGGUUCUCCAAGCAUUAGAGUUUUUGCAUAGUCGACACGUUAUUCAUCGGGAUAUCAAAUCGGACAAUAUUUUGCUUGGUAUGGAUGGUUCAGUGAAAUUAACUGACUUCGGAUUUUGUGCUCAAAUCUCUCCAGAGCAAAAUAAGCGAACUACAAUGGUCGGCACUCCAUAUUGGAUGUCACCUGAAGUAGUUACUCGGAAACAGUACGGCCCGAAAGUGGACGUAUGGUCACUGGGUAUCAUGGCGAUUGAAAUGGUUGAAGGAGAACCUCCGUAUUUGAACGAAAAUCCUUUGAGGGCAAUUUACCUCAUUGCAACAAAUGGCAAGCCUGAUUUCCCUGGAAGAGAUCAGUUAUCUGCUUCAUUCAAAGAUUUCAUCGAUUGUGCGCUGGAAGUUGUUGUAGAUAAUCGUUGGUCGGCAAGUCAGUUGCUCACUCAUCCGUUCCUACGGUGUGCAAAGCCGUUGGCAUCACUGUACUACCUCAUCGUUGCCGCCAAGAAAAGUAUUGCUGCAAGCUCAUAG